UCAUAAGAACGACUCUCUCGGUGGGAUUAUUAUUGCUUGCUAGUGGCGGCUACUUGCAGCUUGCGGUCAAUGCUGACCGAUCGUUCAUGGCGUAUCUGGACCGUGUCAAUCGCAUCGCUCGGGGCAUGAUGCCCAACGUUCGCGAGUCUCUGGAUGAUUGCCACAUGCGCUACUACAAGUACGAUCAGUCGAUCGCAGAAGACAGUUUACCGCUCGUGGAGCGGCAACGUCAGCCGGUGCGGGAAUUCCCGCACAUGGCAGCCAUCGGAUGGACCGGUACUGACAACACGAUCAAGUGGAGCUCGACCUGUGCCGGAUCGCUCGUGUGGGAAAGUUUCGUUCUAACUUCAGCGCACUGCACCGUUAACGAGAACGGUUUGGCUCCCGAUGUGGUGCGGUUAGGCGAUGUCGAUUUUGGCGAUGAACAAGAUAACCAGUACGCGCAGCAGCUGAAGAUCGCGGAAGUUAUUCGUCACCCAGAUUACAGCAGGGCCGAGCGAGCCCAUGAUAUCGCAUUGUUGCGUCUUGCGGAAAACGUUACGUUGGGAGCUGCUGUUGUUCCUGCCUGUCUCUGGAAACAAGAUGAAGUGAAUUUCCGUGCGCUGGAAGCUUCGGGAUGGUUAGCGACAGGUUUUAGCGAACAGCAAACAUUUCCGAAGGAAUCAAAAGUGACAGUACGUCCAGCUCCUAACGCUUGCAAUGAGACGGCUCCCACGGGUGACGCUGGCCCCAGCAAUCUUUUGUGUGUUAUAGGCGAUGAAGCGCCACACUGUCUGGACAACGGAGCCGCACUACUGCAGAUAAGGCUGCAGCACAACUCGUUGAUGACCCCCUUCAUCGUGGGCAUUGGCGGUUCUCCGUUAAAUGACGUCUGUAGUCCCUCAAGCCCGGCCCUGUACACGAAGGUGUCGGACUAUGUGCUAUGGAUUGAAAGUACCCUUACAGCCCGCGGGGAGUCUGCUUGGUAUUGGAAAUUCCAGCCGGCAGAGUGUGCCCUCCGUUACGCUUACCUUCGGCCGUACAUCCCAGAGGUGGUACUCGAUCGAACGGAGUCCAUCGAGCGUGUAGCCCCUGAGCGUGCCCUAAUUAACCAAGAGUAUUCGCCUACGGUGGUGGAAAUAAACUUUGGAACCUUUCGCAACCACCAGAAUUGCUACGGAGUAAUCGUGGAUGAGUACACCGUCUUAACGCUGGCCCAGUGUACGACACAAUACGGCAAACGCGCGAAAUACGUGGAGUACCUGCGGAACGAACGAAAUACAGUGGUUAACCAUUUCAACCACCCAGGAUACCGCGAGGGACAGUAUCGGAACGAUAUAGGCAUUCUGAAGGUACGCGAUCGCUUUCAAUUUUCGAACCGAUUCGCUCCGUUCUGCAUCUGGCAUGAACCGGCGAUUCCUUCCGAUCGCGUACAAGUAACUGGAUUUGGUCGGCAAGAUUUAAACUUCUUCAGCAACCUUGCCAAGCCUGUGGAUGUGUUCAGCCCUAUGACCGCUCAACUAUUGGUUCGUACCACGGUACUGCCGCCCGCCAACUGUUCGUAUAGCAGGGAGAGCGGCGUCGGACUUCCAGAUGGUCUGUCUGCGGAGCAUUUGUGCUAUGGUCACAGUGCGUAUCUGGUUCCGGGGACGUGCACCCAGGGCAACGGGAGUGCCAUCGGUGGCCUCAUCAAGCGGCUUGAUAGGAGUUUCCGCUAUGCGUACGCACUGACUUCGCACGGGCAAGGCUGUGGCUUCGGGUCGGCAGCAAUCGGUGUGCGACUAGCGCAUCACGUCAACUGGAUAAGAACAAUCUUGCUGCCCGGCUACCGGAAGGAUAGUGGAUCGGUUCACUUCAUCAAUUCCGAUCUGGAACAGGGCGAUACCUGUCGGCACGUCGACGGAGCUAGCGGAACAUGCGUGGAUGCGAGCCGAUGCCCGGUGAUUCAGUACGCUUUCGCCAGGAACUUUCAAAUAGUGUUCUGCAACAGUGGCAGCAUCGUUUGCUGCCCGUAUGAGAACAUAGUAAACGAAACGUCGGCCGCCGGUCGUGAGUUGGACGAGUGUGCAGCAGUGCACUACCGGGCAGACUCCAACCAUUCGGCAGGCGAUUGGUUCCGUAGCGGACCAUCCAAAGAUGAUCUUCCUUUCCUGGUACAAAUAGGUUCCCUAACGCCCGAGGGAGAGCCACGGUGGGGUUGUAGAGGAACGAUCGUCAGCUCGACGGUCGUCGUAACGGGGUACGGUUGUUUGAUGAACCACGGAGUACCGCCAACGAUUGUGCGGCUAGGAAUGAAUGAGACCAUUGCGGUGAAGGAAGUCAUCCAUCACCCCGAGUACAGCAACGAUACGAAGCGUUUCGAUGUAGCGCUGGUCAAACUAAGCACCCCGAUCGACAUAGCAUCAUCCCGCAGAUAUCCUGCGUGCAUUUGGACCAAUCAAACGCAUACACCAUUCACGAUGGUACAGACGGUGAUUGAUGAAAACGAGAACUCGUAUGCCUACCCAACGGCAAAGUACAGCGCAGAUUGUAGCUGGUCGACGGGAGAGCUGAGCUCGGCCCAACUGUGCGUUGACAUGCACCCCGAAGGCACGACCGUAUCGAGCGGAGAUCCCUUGUAUUGGUCCGAGGUUCGAGAUGACGGUAGCAGCAUCCCGUAUCUGGUGGGCCUGAUGAGCUACGGGUCGCCCGAAGAAGGAUCCUUUUAUGUGUACACUCGCAUGGCUGCGGUUGUUGGGUGGAUCAAAAGUAUGCUAUAAUAUGUGUAGCGAUGUAGCGAACAAAUAAA